GGAAGUUUGAGGCGCGCGGGCGGGCGGUGGGAGCUGCGGCAUGUCUGGUCCGGGCUUGGUGGCCGGCGAAGUCGCCGUGGACGCCCUGCCCUAUUUCGACCAAGGCUACGAGGCUCCGGGCGUGCGAGAGGCGGCCGCGGCGCUGGUGGAGGAGGAGACGCGGCGCUACCGGCCCACCAAGAACUACCUGAGCUACCUGACGGCGCCCGACUACAUCGCUUUCGAGACUGAAAUAAUGCGGAAUGAAUUUGAACGCCUAGCAGCGCGACAGCCCAUAGAACUGUUGAGCAUGAAAAGAUAUGAGCUGCCUGCACCAUCCUCUGGGCAGAAGAAUGACAUCACAGCAUGGCAAGAAUGUGUUAAUAACUCAAUGGCUCAGCUGGAGCACCAGGCAGUCCGAAUUGAGAAUUUGGAGUUGAUGUCUCAGUAUGGCUGCAAUGCCUGGAAAAUGUAUAAUGAGCAUUUGGUUCAUAUGAUUGAACAGGCACAAAAGGAGCUGCAGAGUUUGAGGAAACACAUUCAAGACCUUAACUGGCAGCGGAAGAACAUGCAGCUCACAGCUGGUGCUAAACUCCGAGAGAUGGAAUCCAUGUGGGUGUCCCUGGUCAGUAAAAACUAUGAGAUUGAAAGAACUAUUGUGCAACUGGAAAAUGAAAUUUCUCAAAUUAAGCAGCAACAUGGAGAGGCAAACAAAGAAAACAUCCAACAGGACUUCUGAGACUUGCAUUGGCCUUUAGCUGCACAAAAACUGCAGUCUAUGCAUGGCUGUAAAUUCUAAUUUCUUAGUGUGCGUAUGUAUUGUGGGUGGGGAGCUGUCAUUUGUGCAACCGAUUGCUGAAAAACUGAUUGCAAGGAACAGAACUGCUCCUAAAAGGAUUUACU